AUGGCCGCCGACAGAACCAACGUCUCCAGCGAUCUCAUCUGGCAGAUCACCCGCAACCAGAAUGCUUUCCUGGUGAAGCGUAACAGCGGCGGUGGUUCUCAGUUCUCCCGUGACCCUUUGAACGUGCAGAACAAGCACUCUUUCAAGUACGCCGGCUAUGCCAACAACAAGGCCAUUGGUGUUCAGGCUACCGAGAACGGCGGUGUUGUCGUCCUCACCAAGAAGUCCAACUCCCAACAGCCCGCGAAGAACAUCGUCACCGUGAGCUACGGCCCCAGCGCCUCCACCCGCAAGAUCUUCAAGGGUGUUGCCGACAAGACCGCUAAGAGGGGCUACCGUGCCGAUCUCCGUGAGGCUGCUGUCGCCCGUGUGAGCGCCAUCCGCCGCUCCCAGAAGCCCAAGAAGGAGUCUCCUCCCCAGAAGCUUCGUGGCGCUCAGGCUAAGAAGGCCGCCGAGAAGGAC